AUGAGACGAGUGAAAAAUAGAAAGGGAAUAAAAUUGAAGAAAAAAAAAAUAAAAGAGGAGGAAAUCUCACUCUCUUUCUUUUUCUCCCUCUUGCUGUCUCUCUCUCUUCGCUUUCUCUUUUGCUCCCUCUCUUUUUCACUUUCUCCCUCUCUCUUUUCUCUCUCUCCUUCGCUUUUACUGUUUCUCUUUCUUUUGCUCUCUUUCUCUUUUUUUCUUUUACUUUUUCUCCCUCUGUUUCUCCCUCUUUUUCUGUUUCUCUUUCUUUUGCUUUCUUUUUCUCUCUCUCUUUCUUCUUCUCUUUCACUGUUUCUCUCUUGUUUCUCUCUCUCUCUUUCUUUUUCUUUCUAUCUUUCUUUUUCUUUCUAUCUUUCUUUUUCUCUCUCUUGCUCUCUUUUUCUCUUUUGCUCUCUUUUUCCCUCUCUUUCACCCUCUUUCACUGUAUCUUUUUCUUUUGUUCUAUUUCUACCUUUUCUCUCUCUCUUUCUCCCUUUCUUUCACUGUUUCUCUCUUGUUUUUCUCUCUCUAUAUAUAUAUCUUUCUUUUUUUUCUAUCUUUCUUUUUCGGCCACUUUUUCUCUCUCUUGCUCUAUUUUUCUCUUUUGCUCUCUUUUUUCUCCUUCUCUCUCACUUUCAUUGUUUCUCUUUCCUUUACUCUCUUUCUCCCUUUUUCUUUCACACUUUCUCCCUCUAUUUCACCCUCUUUUUUCUGUUUAUCUUUCUUUUGCUCUCUUUCUCUCUCUCUCUCUCUCUCUCUCUCUCUCUCUCUUUCUCUUUCUGCCCCUCUUAA